CGUUUGGUAGUUGCCUUUGGAGUCGCACUCUUUUGCUGAAUGGGUUAAAUUGGUACCCUUGGAUAGUUAUGCGUGAUUCGCGCCCAUAUUGCUGGGAUGGGGUUUCGAAUUACAACAUGGAAUGUCAAUGGGAUUCGAAAUCCUUUCUCCUACGAGCCAUGGAGAGGAAAGCGGACCUUUGAUGCUAUGUUUGACAUUCUCGAGGCCGAUAUCGUCGUCUUCCAGGAAACGAAGAUCCAGCGCAAAGAUCUGCGCGAUGACAUGGUCCUAGUGCCCGGUUGGGACUGCUACUUUAGCCUGCCGCGAGUCAAGAAAGGAUACUCCGGGGUUGUGAUAUACACGCGCAACGCAACAUGUGCCCCCAUCCGCGCAGAGGAAGGUCUCACUGGAGUCCUUUGCCCCCCAAACUCGCCCGUCUCUUUUCGGGAUCUUCCAGAGGAGCAACAAAUUGGUGGCUAUCCCACUAUCGAACAGUUAUCGCGGCUCGACAUUGAUGCAGCGACGCUGGACUCAGAGGGCCGUUGCGUUAUCCUCGAAUUUCCCGCUUUUGUUCUGCUAGGAAUCUAUUCGCCGGCGAAUCGGGACGAGAGCCGCGACUCUUUCCGCCACGACUUCAUUGAGUUGAUGGACGUGCGGGUUCGAAAUCUGGUUGCCCUUGGAAAGAGGGUAUUCGUGACAGGGGAUCUGAAUAUCUCGCGAGGAGAGAUCGAUGCAGCCCAUGCGGGGGAGGCUAUCCGGAAAGGAACCUUGACAGAAGACGAGUUUGUAUCCAUUCAUGCGCGACGUGUGUUCAACCACCUACUUUCCGACGGAAAGGUCAGUGGGGAGCGAGAGGAAGGAAGAGAACAACCUGUUAUGCACGAUAUCUGCCGCUCAUUCCACCCGGACCGCAAGGGGAUGUACACGUGCUGGGAGCAACGCAUCAAUGCCCGUCCUGGGAACUAUGGCUCGAGGAUCGACUAUGUCCUGUGUAGCUUGGAUAUGCAAGAUUGGUUCUGCGACUCGAACAUACAAGAAGGUCUUAUGGGCUCCGAUCAUUGUCCCGUGUAUGCGGUGUUCAAGGAUAUUGUAACCAUAGGGGAUAAGCAAGUUAGCAUCCGUGACAUUAUGAAUCCAUCCGGGAUGUUUGAAGAUGGCGAGCGCCGACAGGAGUAUACGACCAGAUGUUUACUGCCUAUUUCGGGCCGCUUGAUACCGGAGUUUGACAAGCGAAGGAGUAUCAAGGACAUGUUCAUGCGCAAGCCCAGCAAUGCGUCGCAGAGCUCUCCGAUUGCAACCCCUACGCUCUCUCGUGCGGUUUCAGCUCGAGAGAAAGAAAUAACGGCUGCCACCAAGAGCGCCCCAAUGGAAGCAGUCAGCAACCCUUCCAUAUCCGAGAACGAUUCUCAGCCCAAAGGCGUUGUUCGUAAGCGGUCCGAAAAGAACGACUCACCUGUUAAGCGUUCCAAGUCAGUAGCUGCCUCAGCACCCGCGCCACCCACUGCUGGACAGAAGUCGCUCAAAGGGUUCUUCAAGCCGAAGAAUGUUCCGGUCAAUCAAACCAGCGAGAGCCCAACCAAGCCUCCUAGCCCAGUUACUGUACUGCCAUCUGCGUCACUCUGCAAGCCGAUCACCCCAACGGAUCAUCGACAGCAAACUGACAAGCAAAUUUCAGCAACAAUCGCUAGAGAACCCACGGGAGAUCUCAACCAACCCGUAUCAGCGACAUCAACCACCCCAAAGGAGGACGAUACAAUCAUUGACCCAAUCGUCAGCAAGGAAGAUUGGUCGAAGCUAUUUACGAAGAAACGAGCGCCUAAAUGCGAAGGUCACCAAGAAUAUUGUAUCAGCCUGACGACGAAGAAACCCGGAGUCAACUGCGGCCGAUCCUUCUGGAUAUGUCCCAGACCUCUUGGACCUAGCGGCAAUAAGGAGAAGUGCACGCAGUGGCGGUGUCCGACAUUCAUUUGGGCGAGUGACUGGAACUCGUCAACGUUGUAGGUAGCCAUGGCAACGCAAUGUACCAUUGUAUGUUCCACAUUCUAUAAAACAAUAUAAGAUACCCAUUGUUCAG